AUGGACACCUCGAACACUGGCGGCAGGGGCUCAAACCUGCCUUACCCGCCACCCUUCCCGGCAUCCUCGACCUCCUACCCACCGGGAGACAUAGGAUCGGUGCCUUUCGUGGAUGCCGAAGGGCAGCAGGGUGCAUCCCGUCCGCCGCCAGCAGGCUUCGUAGACUUGCCCUCCUCAUCAGCCGCAGGGCCUUCGCCAACAAUGGUCCCAAGCCUAGGAGACGAAUACUAUCCUCGGUCAGGAGUGUAUCCACACAGGACGCCCUCACUGGCCAUGCCUGGGACCGGAUCACCCCCUCUGUCUUCCAUGCCUGUAGCGCCUCCCUUACCGCAAGGAGCGCCCCCCUUCCCUGGAGGGCCACCUUCCCCGCACAGGGCGCCCUCCUUGCCUCAGAUGCCGAUGCCAGUGAGGUUGAUUCCGUCAGCAUCGUCAACGUCACUUGGCUAUACCACGGGCGCCUACCCAUCAUCAAGUUCUGUUCCUCCCCACACUUCGCGUCCUGGUUACCAGUUGCCUGUUGACGGCCGCUACCCCACUCGUGGUUACAGUUCGAGCAGCCGUUCCGCCGGUUGUUCGACCCUUAGAUAUGGUUCUGCCGACAGCGGUGCGCCAUACGCUUCGCCAUCCGGUGGAAUCAUUGGUUACGGGGCUUCGUCCGGCUGCUACGGCGGCUCGCAAGCUGGAACCAGUUGCUAUCCCCCAGGAAGGGGGACCAUCAAACCAUACAGAAACUUCAAUGUUCAGCAGGAUGUCGAGGCGCUCAGGAAAGCACUCAAAGGAUGGACCACGGACCAUGCUACAGUCAUCGAAAUCCUGUGCGCGCGAUCGGACGACCAGCGGCAGGAGAUCGUCAGAUUCUACAAGCAAUCAUUCGGUCGUGACAUAGUAGCGGACGUGAAGUCUGCUCUGCGCACCAACCUCGAGGACAUCAUAGUGGGGCUGCUCUAUCCUCUGCACGAGUACCUAGCUCGCGAGCUACGCAAGGCCAUCGCUGGUCUGGGCACUGAUGAGGAGUGCCUAAUCGAAAUACUUUGCACGCACAGCAACCAAGACAUCAGGCUCAUCAAGGAUCACUACCAGCGGAUAUUUCAGAAAGACCUUGAGAGGGACGUCAUUGGCGACACGUCUGGUAAUUUUCGGCGUCUGUUGGUGUCGAUGUGCAAUGAAUUACAUCGGGCAGGCGUUCUUCGUUGGGGCACAGACGUGUCGGCGUUCAACCGCAUCAUAGCCGCCCAGAGCUACGAGCAGCUGCGCCUCGUGUUCCGCGAGUACAACGCACUCGCCAACCACACCAUCAUCGAAGCCAUCAAAAGCGAGAUGAGCGGAGACCUCCGCAGGGCAUUUCUCGCUAUCGUGAAAUGUGUCUACUACCCCCCCUUAUAUUUUGCUGAGAAGCUGCACAACUCUAUCAGGGGACUUGGCACCAAUGACAGGGUGCUCAAGCGAGUGAUACUGUCGAGGUGUGAAAGGGACCUUGAGCUAAUCAAGGAAGAGUACCUCGACAAGUACAAGAUGACGCUCUCAACCGCCAUUCAGUCAGACACGUCGGGCAACUACAGGAAGGCCCUACUCACCAUUGUCCAAGGAAACUAA